GCUUACAGAGUCAGAGUGUAUAAAUCAAACCUCUCAAUGUUGGAAAACGCAUCUGAUCAGCUCACUCUGCAAUUUUAUGGCCACCCACCUUUAUCACUUCAACAUUUUUCACUCUCUCUCUUACAAUAAAUUCUUAUGCUCUUCGCCUCUCAAUCUCCACAUUCGUCACCACCAGAGGCCCCGCAAUUUAACUGUUUUUGCCUGUUCAGUAAAGAAACCCAGAACUAAUAGGAAAGGGAAGAGCGAUGAAGAUCUUUGCAAUGAUAUCAGAGAAUUUUUAUCCAAGCUUGGACUUCCCCAGUCUCAUGUGCCCUCCAUGAAGGAGCUCUCACAGCAUGGAAGGCAAGACCUUGCAAACAUUGUUAGACGUAGAGGAUAUAAAUAUGUUAGACGUCUUCUUGAGGCAUCAACAGAGACAAAUGUCAAUGGUUCUAAUGCAGAGGAAGAUUUGACUGGAAAAUUAGUGGCACUUGGUAGUUGUGAAGUUUCAACUGAUCAGAAUGAGAAGGUGGAAAUUUUGGCAGACGAUACUUCCUUAUCAAGUGAAGCUAUCCAGGAAGAUUCUAUGAAUUACAUAGAAACAGAUGGACAAGUCAACUCUAAUGAUCGAAAUUUAAACUCCUCAAGUUGUUCAACUAAUUUAUCAUUGCAGGAAAAGGUGGCUCAGUUUAUUCAGAAUGGGGAGUUGGAUAUUAUUGAAGAUAGUGGCUUUGGGAUUACGAAAGAAAUAGUUGCAGAAGAUGUAGAGGGGGCUAUUGGAUCAGAGGGCACUCCAAAACCAGAAUUGGCUUCCAUGAUUUCUAGUUCUGGUGGUGCCCAAUUGCUAAAUGGAAACGCCAAUUUGUCACUCCAGAACCAGAAGGUUGAACGUCCUGUAUUAGAAAAUAGCACUUCCAGAAAUGGCUAUAUGUCAACUCACGAAGUGAAAAAUGUUGAUAGUAACAAGAAUGAAGAUCUUGAGACCCAAAAAGUCGAUAAUCAAGCUGAAGUUAAGCGCUUGAAGUUCAUGCUGCAUCAGAAGGAGUUGGAAUUGACUCGGUUGAAGCAGCAGGUUGAGAAGGAAAAGCUUGCUUUGUCUGCUUUGCAAACUAAAGCAGAAGUGGAGAUAAGCAACGCACAUAAACUUAUUUCAGAAAAAGAUGCAGAAUUAUAUGCCGCUGAAGAAAGCCUCGCUGGAUUGAAGGAGGUUGAAAUUGAGUAUUCAGGUGAUGGGGAAACCGUGGAGCUAGCUGGUAGCUUCAAUGGUUGGAAUCAUUGGAUUAAAAUGGAUCUACAUCCACCAUCAAGUAUCAUAAACCCCAUCGUAUCAAGGAAAUCCCAGAUUUGGAGAACAGUGUUGUGGCUUUAUCCUGGGGUAUAUGAGGAUAAGAAAUGUUGCCUUUCUUCUCCUCGGAGUUUGGCACGGAUCUUGAAGCCAACUCAACUUUGACCUUUUACUGGGAAGUUUGGUUCUGAAGAGGCCGACAGAGAUGAAUGGUCUAUGUGAACAAAAAGAAUGAAAAAUUGUCAUAUUUGUAUGAGGAUUCCCCAACCUAUUUGUACAGUAGCAACUUGCAAGUCCUGAACCUUUAUUUUUGGCAAGAUUAAUCCACCACCUUUCAUUUUGUAGCAAAUUGGUCCCCAUUUGACGGUUUCCAUUUAUUUUGAUGAUUAAACAUCAUGUGAUAUUUGCAUGACUCACUUUUUGAAGGAUAAAAUGAUUAGACACUUAAUUUUAAUAAAACAUGAAUAAAAUUGAAAGAAAAGGGCAAGAGGGAAAAGGGAAAUGGAAAAAAGGAAGAGAAAAAUGAAAUGCCAACCACACCCUACAUCCCAACUUCUGCCCCCCAAACCCUCUUCUAGUUGCCCCACCUGAAUCCCAUUCCCAACCCUCCUGGCUCCUCUCCAAGGCGCCCCUCCUCAUCCGAGCCCAACUCCUCCCCCUGAUAGUCACUGUCAACCUCUGAUGCUCUGGCACCACCAUGACCCAUGGAACUUUGUGAAAACAAACAAAAUUCUCCAAUACAAUGAGGAAAAAGAAUUAAGUUUAAAAAAUUUCUUUAACAAUAUACACAAGAAACACUUGAAUAGUAUGAGAUUAAAUGCAGGGAAACCCGACCCUCUCUCUGAAAGGCUGAUGGCAGAGCUAAACAAGAAAAUCACAUGAAAAUGCGAAAGCUAGAAGUUGGCGUAGCUUUGAGCUAACCAAUGAGUACAAACUUCAGCACAAAUAAUUUAGCAAUCUACAUAGAUAUACAACAUGUAUUCUUCUAGGGUCUGGAAUGACGCGAGCAAUAAUCGGUGGUGUUGGUUUAGGGAAGCAGCUGGGUGUAGUUUUUAUUCCUUUCAUUUUCCCACCUCAUUUUUCCUUUUCUUUUUCUAUUUUGUUAUCUUCUUAUUUUCUCUUACAUUUAAUUCCAUUAGAAUUAAGAGUUUAUCCAUUUUACCUUUCGAAAUUUGAAUCAUGUGUGGUUCUCUUUAACGAAAAACGAACUGAAACAGUCCAGUAGAGACCAACUUUCUAUGAAAGUGAAACGUUGAGGAUGACUCCUGCCAAAAAAAGGAUUGGUUUACAUGUUAUAUUUCAAAUAGGUUGAGGACCUAGCUAUGAUUUCCUACAAAUUUAUAA